AUGACUUUAACUGAACUCUCCAAGAAGAGGAAGAUUGAUCUGAGGAGUAAUUCCAGAGCGGCCCAUUCGUCUAAAAUUUUCUCACCUUUUAGAGUUGUUGGUAAUGUUAGUAAUGGAACACCGUUCUCUGUUGGAACUUUAGGUUCAACCUUUUAUAUCGUCACUAGCGUAGGUAAGACUUUCCAAAUAUACGAUGCCAACAACCUACAUUUACUAUUUGUGUCAGAAAAGGAGACUGCAUCCAAUAUCGUUGCUUUGGCUACUCAUUUCCACCAUGUUUUCGCAGCCUAUGGAAACAAAAUAGGUGUUUAUAGACGUGGUAUUGAAGAGCAUGUCAUCGAAUUAGAUUCUCAGGAUGCCACUAUAGCACAUCUCUGCAUCUUUGGUGACUAUUUAUGCGUGUCUACAGAUGAAAAUAUCGUUUACAUCUAUAAAAAAGAAAAUCCAAAGGACAAAUUUGCAACGGUAUUUUACACCAAAUUCCAAAUUACCAAAAUUCAGGGUGGUGACAUUGUUUCUCUUAAUCAUUUAGCUACUUACCUGAAUAAAUUGGUGGUGGUCACCAAAUCAAACAUUUUACUGUUCAAUAUUCGUACAGGUAAGCUGUUAUACACCUCAGCUGAAUUUCCAGAUCACAUUACUUCUGCCGAACCAGCACCUGCAUUAGAUAUCAUUGCCCUUGGUACUGUUACAGGCGAUAUUAUUAUGUUCAAUUUGAGAAAAGGUAGAAAGGUUAGAACAAUUAAAGUUCCUCAAAUUCGCAUUUCAUCUAUUUCAUUUAGAACUGAUGGUUCGUCACAUCUGUGUGUUGGUGGUACGAACGGUGACUUGAUAUUCUAUGACUUAGACCGUCGUCAGCGUAUCCAUCUCUUGAAAAAUAUUCACAGAGAAACUUACGGUGGUGUUACUAAGGCUACUUUUUUAAAUGGUCAAGCCAUAAUUGUUACUUCAGGCGGUGAUAAUUCAUUGAAAGAAUAUGUCUUCGAUCCAUCCCUAUCUCAAAGUAAUGAAGAAGUUGUUGUACAGCCACCAAGAUUUUUACGUUCAAGAGGUGGUCAUUCUCAACCACCAUCAGUGAUUUCAUUUGCUGACUCCGAAUCUCAUUUCAUUUUAUCCGGUUCGAGAGAUAGAUCACUAUGGGCCUUUUCCUUGAGAAAAGAUGCUCAGUCACAAGAACUCUCCCAGAGAGUACAUAAGAAAAAAGAUGGCGGAAGGAUUGGUGGUAGCACAAUAAAGGAAAAAUUCCCCGAAAUUGUCGCUAUGGUUAUUGAGAAUGCAAGAGUAGGUGAAUGGGAAAACGUCAUAACGGCUCAUAAGGAUGAAAAAUUUGCUAGAACUUGGGAUUUGCGUAGCAAAAGAGUCGGAAGGUGGACGUUCAAUACCACUGAUGACGGUUUUGUAAAAUCUGUUACUAUGUCACAAUGUGGUAAUUUUGGCUUCAUUGGUUCUUCGAAUGGUGAUAUCUGUGUAUUUAAUAUGCAGAGUGGGUUAAUAAGAAAAAAGUAUAAGCUGCACAAGAGAGCAGUCACUGGUAUUGCUAUAGAUGGUAUGAAUCGUAAAAUGGUAUCUUGUGGUCUUGACGGUAUUGUCGGAUUCUAUGACUUUAAUAAAUCGACAUUAUUAGGCAAAUUACAACUAGCUGCUCCCAUCACUUCGAUGGUUUAUCACCGUUCUUCAGAUCUUUUUGCAUUAGCGCUGGAUGAUUUAUCAAUAGUUGUCGUAGAUGCUGUCACUCAAAAAAUUGUGCGUCAAUUAUGGGGACACAGCAACAGAAUUACUGCAUUUGAUUUCUCACCAGAUGGUCGUUGGAUUAUAUCCGCUUCUUUGGACUCAACCUUGAGAACCUGGGAUUUACCUACAGGUGGUUGUAUCGAUGGUGUUAGAUUAGAUAGUGUUGCUACAAAUUUGAAAAUAUCUCCAAAGGGUGACUUAUUGGCUACAACUCAUGUAUCUGGUAAUGGUAUCUGUAUUUGGACAAAUAGAGCCCAAUUUGGAGCAGUUUCUACCAGAUCUAUUAAUGAGGAAGAUUUUGUUAAAAUGCUAUUACCUAACGCAUCUGUUUCUGGAAAUGCAACAAUAUUAGCUGGCGCAUUGGAUGAGGCCCUUGAAGAUGAAAAUAAUGCCACGUCUUACCAAUCUAUGGAGCAAAUUAAUGACGAAUUGGUCACGUUAUCUUUAGGACCAAGAAAUAAGAUGAAUACUUUAUUACACUUAGACAUCAUCAAGCAACGUUCUAAACCAACAGAAGCUCCUAAAAAACCAGAAAAAUUACCAUUUUUCUUACAACUUACUGGUGAGAAUGUUGGCGAUGAAGCAUCUGGAAGAGAAGCUGUUGUUUCUGAAGAUCUUGAAGCGAUGAGAGGUCAACAAGCAGAAACAAAUAAAAAAAUUGAAAUGGAAACGGAAUUGAACAAAUUCAAGCCAAGUGGUAGAAUUGGAUUUGAGUCGAACUUCACUAAAUUAUUAAGAGAAGGCUCAGAAAAAAAGGAUUACUCCAAAUUUUUACAAAACCUUGUUGAGUUAACUCCAGGUUCGAUUGAUUUGGAAGUCAGAUCAUUAAAUACAAUGGAGCCAUUUGAAGAAAUUGCUUCGUUUAUUGAAGCCUUGACUUAUGGUCUAAAAACAAACAAGAACUUCGAAUUAUAUGAAACUUUCAUGACUCUGUUGUUUAGGGUACACGGUGAUAUAAUUAAUUCCAACAAUCAAGAUGAAAAAAUAAAAGAAACAUUGCAUAAUUGGGAAGACCAACGUAAGGAGUUUGAUAGGUUGGAUGAUUUGGUUAAAUUCUGCUCCAGUGUCACUAAUUUUGUCUCAAGCGCAUAA